CACGAUUGUGUUUGUGUGUUUAAACCGACGUCGUCCCCCGUUUGCACGGGAGAUCCUGCAGCAGCAGACGUCUCCAUCUAGCCGCGCGCAAUAAUUGAAAUGGCGCAUUUGGCUGCGGGCGGACUGUGAGGGCGCGCGCUGAAUGAUGUCCAGACGUCAUUUGCUUUUAAUGGCCUGCAGGAAAUUUGCCAUUACGAUUCCCACAGACAUUCGAGCACAGAGAGGAGCGAGGGGGAACGCGUCGCAUGCAUGAGCACCAGAUCCAAAUUUUCUCUUUGCAAAAAGAAUCCGAGUCUAUCAACAAGUUCCAGUGCGCCUCCCGCUCCAGCGAAGACAGACUUCACUCGUUCAGGAAAGGAAAAUGUGUUUCCUUUGUGAAAGAGCCUGGGGGAAUAUUACAUCAGACGAAAUGACAAUGAUUAAAAUCAGCCUUUCUGCCUCUCCAAAGUCUCAGGAACUGCGUGGUGACACUUGCCUGAUGCGUAAACCGUUAUACGCUCAACUUUAAACCCUAAACCCAGCUAUUUUUACUGUGCGAAAGAGCGCGAGGGUAAAUAAAUAUCGGGUUUGCAUGUGUUCCAAUGAGUCUGCUCGGGUUUGAGUUAAUUGUCCUCUAAUCCCGUGGCCCCAGAGGCGUUUGCGCACAGCCUGGAGCCAGAACUCUUCUCUCGGCUCUGCUCUGAUUUGGAGACGGAUUAUUGGCUUCCUUCUGCCCAUAAGGAAAGCAGCAGAUUCACCGUGGCCAAGAAAGACAGUUCGCGACCGAAUCCGAGUAUUAAGAAGAUCAAGAGGGGGAAGGAGAGCGAGCUCUGGUCUCGUGGAGAAGGAAGGGAGAAGCAUGUCACGUCUGUCUCUGACCCGGUCUCCGGUCUCUCCUCUGGCCUCGCAGGGGAUUCCACUGCCGGCUCAGCUCACCAAAUCCAACGCACCCGUUCACAUCGAUGUGGGUGGCCACAUGUACACCAGCAGCCUGGCGACCCUCACCAAAUACCCAGACUCACGGAUCAGCCGGCUGUUUAACGGGACCGAGCCCAUCGUUCUGGACAGUUUAAAGCAGCAUUACUUCAUCGACAGGGACGGAGAGAUAUUCCGCUUCAUUCUCAGUUUCCUCCGAACCUGCAAACUGCUGCUGCCGGAUGACUUCAAGGACUUCAGUCUCCUGUACGAGGAGGCGCGUUAUUACCAGCUGUCCCCGAUGAUUAAAGAGCUGGAGCGGUGGAAGCAGGAGCGCGAGCAGAGGCGUCUGGCACAGCCCUGCGACUGCCUGGUGGUCCGCGUGACCCCUGACCUCGGCGAGCGCAUCGCCCUCAGCGGGGAGAAGGUGCUCAUCGAGGAGAUCUUCCCUGAGACCGGAGACGUCAUGUGUAACUCGGUCAACGCUGGCUGGAACCAGGACCCGACCCACGUCAUCCGCUUCCCCCUGAACGGCUACUGCAGACUGAACUCGGUGCAGGUGUUGGAGCGUCUCUUCCAGAAGGGUUUCAGCGUGGCUGCGUCCUGCGGCGGCGGCGUGGAUUCGUCUCAGUUCAGCGAGUACGUGGUGUGUCGCGAGGACAGGCGGAGUCAGUCCAUGAACACGCCCAUCAGGAUAAAACAGGAGCCGCUGGACUAGAGACACGCGCUCAGGCCCUCGGCCCCUCGACACACACACACACACUCACACUCACACUCACACACUCUCUCAGCGUUUAUACGGGGAAUGUAAUCAAACCAGAAACCCAAAGAACUCCAGCAGGAUCUGAGCCACGCCCUGUUCUGCCCAAACCACCAAUCAGAGGACAUCCUCACGCAUACGGAAUGCAGGCUCCGCCCCUCUGCUGGUGCAGUGUGUCUCAUUAUCUCAUGACGAUUGCGGAUUGGUGCUUACAAACAGCGAACGCCAUCAUCAUCAGGGGCCGGGGGAGCAUUUUUUGGGAUUGUUUUUCAUGUCAAACUUGUCAUUUUUCACUGCUUGUAUGCGGUUAGCAGUGCUAGGCUGGAGUUUGGUGUUUAUUUCUGUUGUUACAUGAAGGAUGAUGGGAGCAGCGUUCUGAAGGCAUUACGUUUGAGAGACUUUCCUGGCAGGAGAACGCUAUUACGCCCUGGAGCAGUCUGGGGUUUAAUGCGUUCGGCUGCUGAAGGUCUCUUUGUUUAAAGGAGGCUGCAAGCAAACGUGGCUAUUUCUAAAGCCAGAGCGAGCCAGAACAUUAAGCAUAUCGUUAAACAUUUGAAAUUUUUAUAAGCUUGAAUCAAAUGGGUUCUGAACUAUACAGAACCAUCACAAAGAGUCGAGUGUGUCAUGAACAAAAUGUAAGGAGCUCGAGGCAAACCAUUGGCAGUGGAGACGUAUGAUUGUGUCUAUAACGGUACGUUUGCACUUAAAUGCAUCUCAAGAUCGCACGCGUGUUUAAAGAUUCAGUGGAAAUAGACUCGAGUUGGAGCGCGCUGACAGAAUGAGGGUACUAACUAGGAUGCAUUCAUUUUUAAACCAUCUUUGUGAAUGAAUAAUCACUAUUCAUUAGCCCGGUUUAUCAGGUUUAGUUUGAAGUUGUCCAGUUUCUAUUUUGAUGUUAAAAUGUUGUCAGAUGCUGAGUAAACGUCAGAUGCGUUGUGAAAAAGGUGUUUCAUCAGAUCACAUUGUGUGUGUGUGUGUGUGUGUGUGUGUGUGUGUGUGUGAUGAACGUGUCCAAACGCUCAGAAAGUCUCACGCCGCAUUAAUAUUGGACAAAACUUCAUCAAUAUAGAGAAGUAACAACCGAAUCAACACUGCAGAUGCUGAAAAAAAAAAUCUAUAUAUUAUUUGCAAAUAUCGUAAAUGUAUUGCCAUAAAGUUUUUAACAUUUGUAACUUUUUUAAUACAUUUUUUUUUAAUUGUAACUGUUCCAUCAAAGCAUACUUGAUUUGACUCUUCUAUUGGCCAGUUAAAAAAUAUAAAAUAAAAAAAUAUAUAUUUAAUUUAUAAAAAAAAAUUAUAAACAAAAUUUCAUCAUCCAAUUUAUUUUUUUAAUUACUACCAGAUGUUUUUUAUAAAUAUUUUAAAUCAUUUUUUUUAUAUUUUAUUUACAUUUUCUUUUUCAUUUUAAUUGCAGUAAAAUAAUUUCUAAUUUGUCGCGUUUUUUUAAUUUUUAGGAUUUUAUUAAUAUUUUUUAGUCUGUAUUUUUAUUUAAGUUUUAGGUACUUUAGUACAUCAGAUUAAAUGGAUACAUUUUUUUAUUAAAAAAAUGUUAUUCAUAAUUUUCGUAUUAAUUAUAAUACCCCUACUUUGUCACCUGGUCACCAUUUUUUUUUUUUUUUUUUUUUUUUUACGGUUAACGUCACAAGCUACUAAAUAAAAACAUGUUUUUUUUGUUUUGUUUUUUGGUAAUAAUAUUUAAAAUUUUAAUUUAAAGAACCAUAAAAUUAAUGAGGUAGCAAUAGAAGGGUUAUGUAAUUUUUUGUCAACCAGGUCUAUACAGUGUCUUUUUUUCUCUCUCUUUUUGUUUAUAGUGUAUUUCUUUAGCGACUCACUGCUGCCGAGUCUUGCCUCGAGCUCUGAGCCGAUGCUCUGUUGUUAGUGAUGUGGCUUUGAGUGCAGUGUUCAUCAUCAUCAUCAUCAUCACUGGGCGGUCACAGAGUCUGUUUCUUCUCGAUCAAAAACAAAUGGCCUCGUGAUUUCUUCAUCCAAAGUCUCGUUCAGACUGGAGCUGGAUUAGAAAGCGCUGCGGUCUGGAGUCUGGAAGUGUUCAUUAAUGCACCAGUGUUUCUGCAUUAUGUGAGUUCUUGGUCGUCUGAUUAAAUGUCCACAGGCUUCAUCCUCCGAUGGGAACCUGCUUGAACCAGCCUUUGUUCUGACCCAGAUCUGGUCCAGUUCUGUCACAAAGGGAACGACCGAGCACCCUUUCAGGUGCCAAGAGCUAUCCCAGCAUGCCUCUCGACACAAUCCUCACAUGCAUUCCCAGGACGGCACAUUUACAAACCCAAAACACGCUCAGAAGAUCCCCGUGUGGAUGAAGUCGUGCUGUUUAUGCUCUGAUCUUGCUGAACAGAAGAGCGCAAGGUUUGUGUCGAAUUAUGUUGGAUUACUUUCAAUGCAUUUGUGAAGCGUUUCAGGCCUAAAACGCUGGGACUAUGCACAGUUAUUUGUGUAUUGACACAUUCAGAUGCUGGUUUCUCUUUGUAAACCCCAGAAGAGAUUGCUUUAACACGAGACUGAUGGAUUGAACGUGAGCAAAGCAAUAUGAUAAUGUACAUACAAAUGACAAAAGAAGAUCCUCAACAUUUCAAACUGUCUACCAAGGUGAAAACUCUCAUUAUUUAAUGUAUUAAUAAUUAGACUGUGGUAUUAAAGGGCAUGUGUUUAUUUACAGUGACUUCUUUUUUAUUUACUUGCAUAUUUGCUAUAAUAAAAGAGGCGUGAUAUUCA